UAGAUUUCACUUUACAUCAUAUGUGUUAUAUGUUUGCAGCGAUUUUGUUUAUGUUGAUUUGGCUACAUUCACCGACGAACAACCAAAUCCUCAGCCCAGCUAACCUUGGCUAACUAAGCUACAGUCAACGGAGGCUUAGCUGGCUAAUAGCCAAAGACGAGCAGGUGGUGAGCCGCCGCUUGUUUUAACCGCGCACACUGACGCCAGGGGGCGCAGUGAAGAGGGGUUUCAUUUUGGUGUCAACCUUUGCUGUUUGAGGAUGCACGCAAGGACAAGAAAGAAGUGUGAGAGCACAGUGUGAGAGGUGAUCUUCUCAAAGGUGUCUUUUGGCGUGGACACACUGAGUGGGUGUGUAUUUAAGGGUGUAUGUUUGUAUGGAUGCGCUUGACUGCACGCAGAUUUAGGACCCUGACCUGAUGGAAAAGAGAGACAGGAAGCCGGGAUAUUUUGCCAGGCUGAAGAGGCGGAGACAGCUCAAGCAGAGCCAACCAGACAAGAAUGUGAACGAUCAGAACCCGGCAAUAAUCUCCUGUCCAGACAUCCCAAAUGACAGGGACCCCAAUAAGAAGACAGACCUGCAGAGAAUAACAACAAAGCCACCUGCAGGCUCAGAUGAUGGCUGUAAAGGCAACAAUCGGGCAAAGAAGGAGAAGAAGAGGCCGCCAGGAACGGUGGAGUUCAUUGUGGGACCUAAUGAUUCCCUCAACAGCAUCGCUCUCAAGUUCAACAUCACCCCAAACAAACUGGUCCAGCUGAACAAGCUCUUUUCUCGCAGCGUCUACCCUGGUCAGAAGCUGUUUGUGCCCGACGUGAGCCAGUCAGAAACAGACCUAAAGUCUUCAAGUUCCUCUGAUCCCACCUUCACAAAUGGCUUGUCUGAGAAACCAUCACAUGAUGGCAGUUCAAACUGCAGGUCAGCAAAAUCCAUCCGGCGGGAGCUCUCCCCAAACUCAGAGGACGAGAGCCCAUCAAUGGUUAAAUUCAUCAAGAUGAGCUGCAAAUAUUUCACUGAUGGCAUGGGCGUGGUGGGAGGCGUGCUGAUUGUGACCCCCAACAACAUCAUGUUCGACCCCCACAAGUCAGACCCCCUGGUGAUUGAGCACGGGUGUGAGGAGUACGGCCUCAUCUGCCCCAUGGAGGAAGUCGUCUCUGUAGCGCUGUAUGACGAUGUGUCACGCAUGAAACUCAAAGACGCCCUGCCAUCAGACCUACCGCAGGAUCUGUGCCCUGUGUACAGGCCCGGUGAGUGGGAGCAGCUGCCGUCAGAGCGGGACCUAAACCCCUUCAGCCGCUAUGAAGCUCUGGAUCCGAAGCGACCAAUCGUCUUGGACGACAUUGAAUCAGCCCUCUCUGAAACUGGGAGUACAGAGGGAGAGCAGACAGAGAAGUCUCCGUCGGAUGAAGGAUUCACAGAGUUGGAGCCUACUGUCAACGGCAGCACCGAAGAAGCAGAGAGAAUGUCCUCCAGAGCACCCAGCAUUGUCAGCAGGGACCAAGAGAAACUCCUAGGACUAAGCAACCCAGGCCGGGGAGACUCCCAGGACAAGUCGAUGCUUGAUCAGACUAAAGGGAAACUGGAUGAUGAAGAGGAUGAGGGUGUAGCUCAGAACAGCUCCAUUGAGGAUGGAGAGUCAAUACAAUCCUCCUCAGAGACUGAAAAGCAGGGGGACCCGCACGAUAAACCUACAAGCCAAGAGGUAACCGAAACCAAAGAUAUCAGACCUAAAGGGACCGAAGAGCUGCUAAAUGGUGUGGAUGAUAAAAUAAUCAGCGCACCAGUGGACCAAAACAGGAAGUUGAGUCUGACCGAGGCUACAGAGGUUCGUGGGAACUCUAGUCCUAAGAGACAAAGCCCAGACAGACCAGUAGAGGGGGACGAACUCAGUGAGGAGGAGAGACGCAAGAAAAACUAUGAAGCAGAGGUGAAGUCAUGGCUGAUGGAGAGGAUGCAGGCUCCAAUAGAAGACAUGCUUUUUUCAUCAGAGGAGAAAAGUAAAAAUCCUCCAAUGUUCCUCUGCUUCAAAGUGGGAAAGCCAAUGAGGAAGUCCUUUGCUACUGGGAUGACCUCUAGUCCCGCCCACUCUUUCGGGGGCCGCGGAAAGCAGCCAGAGUACUGGUUUGCUGUGCCACAAGAAAGGGUGGACCAUCUGUAUGCCUUUUUUGUGCAGUGGUCUCCGGAUGUGUACGGGAAAGAGGCCCGAGAGCAGGGCUUUGUUGUGGUGGAGAAGGAUGAGCUGGACAUGAUCGAUAACUUCUUCAGUGACCCUGCAUCUUGCAGCUGGGAGAUCAUUACCAUUGAUGAGGCUAAGCGCAGGCAGAGUUUUGGCAGCUGUGAGGGAGACCUGUCUGUGGAUGCCCUGCCCAUACUCAAUGAUACCAGUGACCUGCUGCAGGACACGCACGUUGAGAAGCUUGCCUGUCGCCUGCCAGCCCGCGUGCAGGGUUACCCCUGGCGACUGGCCUACAGCACUGUGAAGCAUGGGACCAGCCUCAAGACUCUGUACAGAAACCUGGUAGAUGUGGACAGUCCUGUUCUGCUGGUCAUCAAAGACAUGGAUAACCAGAUAUUUGGGGCUUUCUCAACUCAUCCCUUCAGAGUGAGCGAACACUGCUAUGGCACAGGAGAGACGUUCCUCUACAGCUUCUGUCCUGAAAUCAAGGUGUACCGGUGGACGGGGGAGAAUUCUUACUUUGUGAAAGGCUAUACUGAUUCGCUUCAAAUGGGAGGAGGAGGCGGUCAGCUGGGUCUGUGGCUGGACGCCGAGCUGUACCGAGGCACCACCACCAAAUGCGCCACCUUCAACAACCAGCCGCUCUCCGCCCAGCAGGACUUCAGCAUCCACAGUCUGGAGGUCUGGACCUUCGAGUAGCCUCACGUGCUCUAUUCUAGCUACUUCUGCAUUCACGCUCCGCUCCACGACCCCAAAACGUCAAACACCCCCAAGUCUAUUACGCACCAUUCAGAGGCAAACCUAGCUACCCCACAAUGACACUGAAAGUUCCGUGAGAGAAGAUGCAAAGCAGCCCGUGGAGUUGUCAUGUUGACUGAAAACAGAACGGAAAUGUCAGUCUUCUGUAGCCCGUUUUGACAUGGGUUUGACCUGCAGGUGGGUUUUCCACUUUUAUGUCUGGUCCUUCCCUCCUUCAAAGGUGGAAGUGUGAGAAAAUGCUGCUGCUCUCAGUUCAUUGGCUGCCUUAGACAUGUGACUGCAGCCCCAGCUUUCCCAGCAUGCAGACUGCCUGACCACCAUAAGCUUAUGAUGGAAGAGGAUGGCUUCUGAUGAGGGAAACCCCAAAAGAGCAGAUUUUAAGUCUGUAUGAAAGAGUAAGAUGUCCCAUAAUACUGUAGCUUUGUGCAGAAAUAAUGGUGGAUGUAAUUUGUAUGUUUGGGAAUGUACAGGAUUAUGUACUGAAGAAGUUUGGAAAGCUUAAAUUUUUUUUUUUUUUUUUACAACGCAAAGAACUUGAAGCUUGAAGGAAAGAGGAAAAUGCCAGGAAGGAUUUUAGAUCCUCCAACAUUAAAUUAACUUUCAGUGAGGGAAAUGUAGUAAUUGUUUACAUUGGAAGUGCUGCACUUCCUCUGAAGGCCGUCUUGUUCCUUUAUUUUGAGUUUUAGAUUAACUGAAUCUGUCAUUGCAGUUCCUCACUAGUACAUAUAAAGUUUUCAUUCCCUGUACAAUCCAAAACAAGUGAUGAAGCCAGGAAACAUUGACCAAAUAUGUUCUUUUUAAUUUCAUAUUUCUUGUGAUCUCAUCAUAUUUUAUAAAAUAUUUUAGAUUUUUUUUUAUUUUCUACAUUUUAUUUUUACAUUCUGUUUUUACAAAUAAUGUUUUGUUUUUUUAUGGGUCUACUUUUAUAAAAAUGUAGUGCUAAAUAUUUCUGUUUCUGAUUGGACCCAACAAGCACUAGAAAUGACUGUUUUCAGUAUUGUAUUCAUGUCUGACGCUGACUAAUUUUAUCUCUUUGAUUUUUAUUUGUGGUCAUUGUUGAGAGUUACAGCCAGUAGAGCUUUUUCAUGAUAUCACUUUGCACUAUGGGAUUAAUUAACAGUCCAUGCUGUGUUGUGGCCCUGUGUAAUUAAGCAUUUCUUUAAUGUAAAAUUUGUUACUGAAUGUUGUUUAAGCACCACUACAGAAGGGAAGCUGCCUGUCCAACCACAGGUCAGUGUCUGCUUUACUCAAAUGGGCGGAAAAGGGAUAAUUUUUUUUUUUUUUUUGCACUCUGAUAUGCCACUAAUUAAAAAUUCAGAUCUACUAACAUGGAAAAGAAAUAUUCAUUUAUAUCCUAUAUAUCUGACACAGGCCUGUAGUGCAUGAAUAUGCAAUACUGCAAAUGUCUGACGCCCUUGUUGUGAUACCCGCCAUACUAUUCACUAAUGCCAGAUAUCGCUUCAUGUGAAAAUGAACUCUGUUGUCUGUAGCUGUUCAGUGUUGUUACUGUGAAUGCUCCCUAAGUAUUAUUUUUCUUGUGAAUCCAAAACUGCUGUGUUCUGUGAUAUCACUAAGGAUCUAUUUAUUGUGUUGUUGUUGCAACCACAUCUAAACUUAAA